AUGGGGAGCUGCGCCCGCGGGAGAAGAAGAGCAGCUUCAGCUGGGACUGGGAGCAGUGUGUUAAGCAGCAGGACUUCAGCAGGCCCAGGAAACAAUACUGCCAACAUGAGCCGCCGCCUGCCACUCGCGGAGCUGUCUGAAGCAGACAUCUGUGGGAUGCUCCGUGAAGAGCUUCGCCGGGGGAAUGACUUCCUCAAUUUGGAUACCCACAUCUUCAUCAUCUUUGGUGCCUCGGGUGACCUAGCCAAGAAGAAGAUCUAUCCAACUAUCUGGUGGUUAUAUCGUGAUGGGCUGCUUCCUGACGAUACGUACGUGGUGGGUUAUGCCCGGUCCCAGCUUACAGUUGCCGAUAUCCGCAAACAGAGUCAGCCAUAUCUGAAGGCCAGCCCUGAAGAAGAAAAAAAACUGGAUGAUUUCUUUGCCCGCAAUUCGUACGUCUCAGGCAAAUAUAAUGACCAGGCCUCUUUUGAACAACUAAAUGCUCACCUGAAUGCCCUUCACAAUGGAGAGAAGGCAAACCGUCUCUUCUAUCUGGCCCUCCCACCCAGUGUCUACAAGGAAGUCACUACCCACAUCCAGAAGACUUGCAUGAGCUCUGUUGGCUGGAAUCGGCUCAUUGUGGAAAAGCCAUUUGGCAAGGACUUGGAUAGCUCCAAUGAUCUGUCCAAUCACAUCUCAGCACUUUUUAGAGAAGACCAGAUCUACCGCAUUGACCACUACCUGGGCAAGGAGAUGGUGCAGAACCUGAUGGUGCUCAGAUUUGGAAAUCGGAUAUUUGGCCCCAUCUGGAACCGUGACAAUGUGGCCUGUGUCAUCCUGACUUUCAAAGAGCCAUUUGGCACAGAGGGCCGGGGCGGCUACUUUGAUGACUUUGGCAUUAUUCGGGAUGUUAUGCAGAAUCAUCUUCUUCAGAUGCUCUGUCUGGUAGCCAUGGAGAAACCAACUUCUACCAACUCAGAUGAUGUGCGUGAUGAGAAGGUAAAGGUCCUGAAGUGCAUCUCAGAAGUGAAAUAUGAAGAUGUAGUGCUUGGUCAGUAUGUGGGCAAUCCAUCUGGAAAAGGAGAGGCUCAGAAGGGCUACCUUGAUGACUCCACGGUUCCAGCUGGUUCUACCACCCCUACCUUUGCUGCUGCUGUGUUGUACGUGGACAAUGAAAGGUGGGAUGGAGUACCGUUUGUUUUGCGCUGUGGCAAGGCACUGAAUGAGCGCAAGGCAGAGGUGCGGCUGCAGUUCCGGGAGGUGCCAGGUGACAUCUUCCACCACCAGUGUAAACGCAAUGAACUGGUGAUCCGUGUGCAGCCCAAUGAGGCUGUCUACACCAAGAUGAUGACCAAGAAACCAGGCAUGUUCUUCAACCCAGAAGAAUCUGAGCUGGACCUCACUUACGGCAACCGCUACAAGGAUGUGAAACUCCCAGAUGCUUAUGAGCGCCUCAUCUUGGACGUUUUCUGUGGCAGCCAGAUGCACUUUGUGCGCAGUGACGAGUUGCGAGAGGCCUGGCGUAUAUUCACUCCGCUGCUGCACAAAAUCGAGGCAGAGAAGACAAAGCCAAUUCCCUAUUGCUAUGGCAGCCGUGGCCCUGCAGAGGCUGAUGAAUUGAUGAAGAGAGUUGGAUUUCAGUACGAAGGCACGUACCGGUGGGUCAAUCCUCACAAGUUGUGAAUCCCACCAGCCUCUGCCUCUUGGAAUGGCAACCACAGCUCGACUCCACGCCUCUGCAGAGAAACCAAGCGGGCUGGGCUGGGCUGGGCUGGGCUGGGCUGGACUGGGCUGGGCAGUGGCCUCCCUGUGUCCUACCCAAAGACUGUAACAUGCUCAUCUUGUCUGAGGGAGCUUAGGCAUUGUGCACUCCUCCAGCUUCAAUGGGGUCUCUUCAGUGUGGAGUGAACAGCAUCUCCUUCCACUGCCCUUUUGGUGGGCCCUGCGUAAGAGGUACACUGUUUCUCAAUUCCCUCUGAAGGGCUGGCCUCAGAUAAGCUUACUGUCCCAUUCCAGUUUCUGCUGCUAUACUGGGAAAGCUGCUCAAGGUGCGGGGAAGCUGCAGAGAUUUUUUUCUCCCACACCCCAUCCUCCUUCCUCAUCUACGUAUGCUGCUCUAUCAAUUGCACCAGCUCUGCUUUUACUUGCAACUACUUCUUACAUUCCUGUUCAUUGUCCUGUGGAUUUUGUACAUGAUGCUGUUCUGUAAACGAAAGUUAUUACAAAAGCUCCCUCAUCA